ACCACUCGGGUCGGACGUGUCUCCUUUUGUGUUGCGUCACCUCAAUUAUAUUUUUGAAAAGCGUGACCAUUAGUUAGACUGUGCAAUUACAUCACACUACUCACAGUUCCUUCAUUCGUCUGGACGCGCGCCGUGCGGCGCAGAAGUCUUAUAGUCGUAGGCGCCCAGUGUCUGAAGGGGCACCUCGCCAUUUCCAUUUUGAUUACAUUAUUUUUUGUUCUACUUGCCCGAUUCGAGGUAGCUGAUACAUUGCAUUCCGAUUUUACGAUUUAUUCCGAAGACCAUCAGUGGCUCAGUAUCGGUCAGUUAGGCUGUGGGAUUAAUUAAAAAAGAAGAAGAAGAAGAAGAAGUCAGUAACCAGAAGAUGAAAAUAAACACGAAUGAACAUUAUAUGUAUAAAAAGGAUGAUGAAAGAAAUAAGUUAUCAGCUUGAAUGAUAUUUAGCAAUCCUUCGUUUGCAUAUAACGAAUCUUUCUGUGAAAUAUAACGGUUUUUAACAGCAUGUUUAUGAAUAUUGGAAAUUCUAUAAGUAUGAAAAAUUCAAGUGAAUGUAGAUACGUAAUGAUGUUAAAGAGCAUAUUCGAUCGAGAAUUAUUUCCGAAUGACUUCGACACCUGGACUGUACAGAAGCAAUGUGUGUGGAUAAAUGAGAACAUCGCUACAUUCUUUCCAAACGUUCCAAAGUCAUUGUUGGACCUCAUUCCAGCUUCUUUUCGCCAAGGAAAUUACAGUCGAUCACUGAUGGAAAUACCAGAAUGGUUGGACGUGGAUAAAUAUCGCAGAGGACAGAAAUUUGUGCGUGAAAAUUAUACUUCACUUCUCAUUUCCAAAAUACUAGGUAUUAUGCAUGUGUAUUCUUUUGAGGAGGCUCUAAGACCAAUUAUCAUAUCAAAGCGUUCUCAUACGCCAUAUUUAGGAUUUAAAAGAUAUUCCUCGACCAUACAACGAUUCUUUAAUUGGUACAACGGAGAGCCUUGGAUUGAAGGAACGCCAGCUUAUAAAGAUAUGCAAUUUGCGCGCAGAAUGCAUUUAAUGAUUCAAGAAAAAAUGCACAAGCUCGAUAACGUGCAAAUCAAUAACGAGUCCAAAAUCGCGGAGCUAUGGUGCCCAGAUCGCAAAUUUUUUCUAAAAGAUUUUACUGCAGCAUGUCCACUUGAACAACACGGACAACGUCCUUAUAUCAUAAUUGACAAGUCGCCAUACAAACCGAAAGGCAUGAAUAAUGCGGACAUGGCAGGUAUACAAUGCAGUUUUAUAAGUUUAAUUUUGCUCUGUCCAGAAAAGAUCGGAGUGCAUAAUGCGACCAAUGAAGAUAUGGAAGCCUUUUGUCAUAUGUGGAGAUGUUACGGGCAUUAUCUCGGGAUGGAGAAUGAGCACAACUUCUGUCGUGGCAGUCUCGAUGAAAUAAAGCAACGCACUCGAGAUCUUUAUCAAUAUUGGAUAGUACCUAAUUUUAAGGAUGUUACACCAGAAUGGGAGCACAUGACGAGAUGUCUCGUCGAACCACUGAAUUACUAUCCUUGGAUCUAUAUGCCUUAUAAGGUGAUGGCAUUAUUAGCAAUGGAUACGUUAAAUAUAAGCAUGACGCAUUUAUAUACGUCAAUGAAUUACGCGGAAUGGAUUACUUAUAAAAGCUGGAGAUUUUUAUUGUGUUACGUUUUAAAAUUCUCAAUCUUCCGUGCAGUUAUCAAUAAAAUGAUACGCAAGAUAUUUGAUCAAGCGAUAAAUUUCAGCCCAGAAAAAGAAGCAAAACUUCAAGAAAAAUCAAAAAAACAAUUAUCACAUUUUUCUAUCAUUAAAAAUGAAACGCGAUUGCAUUAAAGUGCAUUAAAAA